AUGGUGUAUGACUUAACUGAGAGGAGUGGUAUACCAUCUGUGUCUGCAGUUGUACUUCUGUGCCCAGUAAGCAUGGUUGAUGACUGCUCUUGUGAUCUCAGGAUAAAUAUGGUUGACAGAUUUCACCGCAUAAAUCCUUUCGAUGGCAGCGUACAGGAGAAUCAGAGUGCGAUUUCAGCUUUAUAUGAUGCUCAAACGGGUAUAAAAAAUGUUGAAAAAGGUUUCUCUGAAUCUAUGUCUAACGACUAUUUCAGUGUCCCAUUCAUACACAUUAAUGAGUCCUCUACAGUGGAAGAUUUGGAAGAUGCAAUUCUCAAGUGUAAACAUAUGUUUUUGGCCUUGUCAAAGGAGUCAUCGGAAAAAAAAGAGCGCCUCCUAGAUCGAUUGAUUGAGUUAAGAAGGAUUUUACAAGAUGUUAAAGAAUUAUCUGGUAUGUCUACAAACUCAAGUCGGCAUAGCCUUGGAUGUACUUCCACAGGUGUCAUAGAUACAUCAUCAAUUUCACGAAAUUUGUCCCAAGUAUCAUUACCUAGUUUGUCUUACCAGACAAUAAGUCCAGAAGGAUCUCGUUCCUCGUUACGACAUACGCCAUAUCCUGGUGGCCAUGAUUUCCAAAUGGUUUCGGCUAUACGUCACUUAGGAAGAACUUGUGAAUGUUGUGGACGUAUAGUUCGCCGUCCAACUGGUAAGAUAUUCUCAUGUCGAACAUGCCACAUUAUAUGUCACUUUGAUGGUUGUCUUAAUAGCUUGGUACGUAGGUGUCCAGGUGCACUGCAUUUAUCCAACACAGUAUCUGGGUGUCAUUUGGGCUUUCGGCGCCUGCGAACUGAAAGUGAAAGUGGUGCCCACAAAACUUCAGGUUUAUCCCCCACUGUUAAUUUUCCUGACCUGAGACACCGAAUUUCCUUCAAGUAUUUGGACGUUUCCAAUCUGUCUUUCAUCUCAGCAAAUCUAACAUCUCAGUCUUGGACGUGUGCAGAAUGCUCAAAACCUAUCAAUUUUUCACCCUCAGAUGCAGUUUUGCCAAGACGUUUGAAUAAAUCCAACUAUGCUAAAGCUAUUAAUGAAGUUCUUGAAAGAGGUAUCGGAGCGCUUGUCGGGAAAGCUUUUGAGGAUUUGUUACCAAAAUCCGACAAUGUCGAUCAAAUGACUCCUCAAAUAAGUUCUCAACAACCGUCUUUGUCUGCUUACUUAAUGAAGUUUGUUUCUCGUGAGCUAUUUACGGCAGAUUCUAAUCAGUUGAAUGAUCCUUUAAAACACUACGCAAUUUCUGCUUCAAAUGUUACUUUUGAGCCAAUACAAACAUGGCAUGAUGCUUGUGUUAUGCAGGCGUUCAAAAAGGUUAGUCGUCCGAUUCCGUCGUCUCUAUUAAUAGACAUUCAAAACGGUCACUUAAAAUUUGAGAAGCCAUCCAGCGUUUCAAACUUGUUAGAAAAUUCUAGUUCAAUCUCUCCUUAUACAUUGGAUUCCGCCCACCUAUGCUACUACUCAGGAUAUUUCUACUGUUCUAAAUGUCACUGGGGAGAUACGUUUCAAAUACCAGCUUGCAUGUUUGUUAUGGGUGAUUAUAAGGCUAAACCGGUAUGUAGGACUUCAUACCUGUGGCUGAAUUAUGCUUGGUCUCGUCACUUAUUUCGCGUCCCUCUUUCAUGGUACUAUCAUGAACCUUUAGCCAGACAAGUAUGUUCACUUCGUUCAAGGAUUUUCAGGCUUCAACCCUAUUUUAACGUUUGUUCAGAUGCCAAAAGAUAUGCUUCCGACGUAGAGGAAUAUGGUCUUGAGUGGUUUCUUGAACAACCGUUUACAUUUACUAUGGAUUUAAUAAGUCAGGUAUUAAACGGGAAGUUGUUUAUGAAGUUAAAAAACCUAUUAUCGAGAGUGGAUGAACAUGUUGUAGAAUGUCAAAUAUGUGAAACACAUGUGCCAAGUUAUUGUACAGUUUGCAAUGAAGGACCUGUGCGUCCUCAUGACUUGAAAAUGACGUUUUGUAAUCGAUGUAACAAAUCAUGUCAUCGAUCUUGUUUAUCAGUGUCUCUACCGGUUGAUUUGAAAAACACCUCGUCUUUUGCAGAAAUUCAAAAAACGUACGAGCUUUUAGAAUCUGAUUCCGAUUGGGAUAGAAUUCAAGAUGAAUGGAUUGAAGUACUCUAUCCUUGCUUGUGUGUAUUGUGUAGACAAUGCGGUUCACCCUAA